AAUGAUGAAGAACAUAACAGUGGCCAUACUGCAACUGAGUGAAUCUGGGGAGUUGGCCUUCCUGCAGAGUAAGUGGUGGGCCAGCAGCUGCUUGCCAGAGGGGGGCCAAGCCCCACAUGCCCUCCAGCCCCACCUCCUGAGAGGCCUCUUCCUGCUCCUGGCCCUGGGGUUGGGCCUGGGACUCCUCAUGGCCCUCCUGGAGCUUGCCUCCAAGGCCCGCAGUCAAGCCAAGGAGCAGAAGAAAUCCUGCUGCUCAGUGUUGUUGGCAGAACUGAGUCAGCGCUUUGGAUCGCGUGGGGCAAAAGCAGGCACAGAGACGUCAGAGAAGAGCAAAGCGUAAAGGACGCGUUUCACUGGCUGCUUCCUAACAACACCAGAUGCAAAUAAGAUCGUGUAAAUCCGUUCCUGUCCUUGAGAGCAGCAGUAUCUUCCCUAUCAUAGUGUAUCUACAGCAACAUGUUCUGUUUCAUAGCGUACCACACAGCUACCAACUUCCCCACC